CUACUGAGAGGAGCCGCACUGGUAAGCCCUAGCAUGAGCACUAGAGGGGAGAUGUCUCCCCGCCGCCGGAGCACCUCUCCGCCGCCGCCCGCCUCUCUCCCAGACGACAUGCUCGGGGAGAUCCUCCUCCGCCUCCCGCCGCGGCCGUCCUCCCUCCCCCGGGCCUCCCUCGUCUCCAAGCGCUGGUACAGCCUCGUCGCCGAUCCCCAAUUCCAACGCCGCUUCCGCGACCACCACGGCAAGCCCCCUCUCCUUGGCUUCUUCCUCCAGGAAUCUCCGUCCUCUGCGUUUGUUCCAAUACUGGAUCGACCAGAUCGCAUCCCCCGCGGUCGCUUCUCCAUGCCUCUCAGCGAGGGUACCCACAUCGUCGACUGCCGCCACGGACUUGUCCUUUCGCUCAGCCGAAGCCCGCCGCACCGCCUACUUGUGUGGGACCCCGUCGCCCGCGAGCAGCGCCGGCUCGUCUUUCCGCCAGAGCUGGACAACGACCAGAUGCUCCGCUUCAACGGCGCGGUGCUUCGCCCUGCCCGCAGCCAAGGGAGCCAUUUCCAGGUGGCCCUGAUAGCUCAUUAUAAAGUUGGUAAUCCUUGUACAAGAGUUUUCGCAUGCCUUUACUCAUCGGAGACCGGGAUAUGGAGCAAAAUCAACUCACUGCAGCUGCAAUCGUCUAUAUCUCUGUUAGGACCAGGACCCAGUACUUUGAUUGGGAAUUCCCUUUGCUGGUUACUUUGGGAGCCUUCUGACAAUUAUGUCAUACUUGAGUUUGAUCUGGAUACGCAGAGCCUAACUGAGACAGAGCUGCCACCACAAGUAGAAGCUCCCCUUUUGAAGUUAAGGAUUGUGCCGACCGAAGAUGGUGGGCUUGGCUUCAUCCAUCUCUCAGGAUUACACGGCCAAUUAUGGAAGAGAGAGCCUGGUUCUGUAUGGGUGCUCGACAGAGCUAUUGAAUUCGAGGAGCUCAGAUCCGUUUGUAAGGGAGACCGAUACCCCCGGGUAGUGGGAUUUUCCGAGGACAGUAAUGCAAUCCUUCUACAGACGAAUUCUGGUGUUUUCAUGGUCUAUCUCCGGUCCAUGGAGUUUAAGAAAAUUUCCAAUAUGGGGGUCAUCCGUCUCCGAUGUCCAUUUGCAUGCUUCUAUCCUGCAGGUACUGGCAUUGGUGAUGUGCAUGGUGGAGAUGACGUGUUAGAAUAUGUGAAAUGGUUGUUUGUUGAGACAUGCUAGUACGAUGUGAUGACUGAAGGUAUGGCUAAGUUGGAGGAAUGGCUUAUCGGUGUAGGUUAUUCUAUUUCGUGUUUUCUGGUGUUGUGGCCAGUGAUGGUCCAUUCCAUCUGAAAACUGAUCCGUUGUAGUAUGUACUUAUCAUGAAGUGUGAAGUACACUUGCAUGAACGAACUGUUUAACUUGUUAGCUGCCACUAUAUAUUUCUUCAGUGGCCUCUGUAGGUAGUGAAAAAAUUGGCAGUUCGGCAUGGUGGGGUCUGUGCCUUGUAGUGGAUUAAGACUUUCAGUGGCUCAUCUGCUUAUUUAUUUUGAGUGCAUUCAGCAGCCAA